AUGAACCCUCAACGGUCCAAUCUUCAGAAGAUUGUAGUAUAUCUAUCUGGAUCCAGCCCAUGUACGCAACAUACACGUCAACACAACAUAAAUUUUCGUCAGAAGUAUACGACUACUGAUUCUGUUUCCACAGUGUACAGACCCACUAACGGCUCUCAUUUUCAGUUAAUUUUGGAUGAGAUUGCUGUUUCUUUUGUGAACUCGAAGUAUUGUUGUUGCGAAUUCAAGAGGAAGAGUUGA